UGUGAGCGAUGUUGACGUUAAAACCAAAAGAGCGAUGGCACAAGGCGUGGCCGUGGUGAUAAAUAUAGCACCAGAAAGAGCUGCAGACGCAGUAUCUAAAGAGACAAAAGACGUGACACCCAAGGGAGCAGAAGGCGCAACACCAGAAGGAGUAGCUAACAUGAUGCCCAAAGAAGAAGCAGACAUAACCGAAAGAUAA